AUGCAGGACGUUGAGACUGUGCUGUCCAAUAAGUACCCGAUAAACACCUUUAUGGUGAAGGCAGCACCUGGUGAAAGCUUCGCCAAACAGACUCUCGAGGGGCUGCAGGGCAUGGCAGGCAUGGUUGCCUUUUGCAGCUCACAAUACGGUGAGAAGACGGGGGUUGGAUAUGAGACGUUCGAGGAGCUAAAGUAUGCCCACGAGCACCAGAUCCCCGUCAUACCUGUGAGGCUGUGUCAUGCAUACCCGCCUCAACCUCAAAAGAUUGGAGAAGAAGCCCCGUGUUGUUGCCAUACGCCCCGACCUGAACGUGAUGACUGGGGAUGUGCACAAAACGAACUCGUGUUGAAUAAAUCCUUGGUCUACAUUGAUGGCUUGACUGCGGAAGGCAAGUACAUACCCUCGACAGACUUGGCCGACAAGAUUCAUGCAUCUUUGUCCAACAAUGGCUUCAUCCGGGAGGUCAGCAGUAGUUUCGAAGGCGAUGCGUGCCAAUUGUGCACACCAUGCACAAUCUCGUAA